AUGGAGGUUGUUGAAGCAUCUACUCGUAGUCUUGACAAUUCCUCUGAGUGCAGUCUUUUAUUGGUUGUCUGGUCAGUUGAGCCAAAGAAGCAGAUAUCUUGCUGUCUUCACUUGUCUAAUUUGAUGAAUGGCCCCGUUGUUUUCAAGGUUUUAACGACCAAUAAGACUGUCUAUGUUGUCCGCCCAAACACUGGAAUUAUUUUGCCAGGGACAACAUGCGUUACAAGGCAAGCUCAGAAUAAGCCCUGCACAGCCAAGCAAUGCGAGGACAAAUUUAAGAUUCAAAGCGUCCUUGUCAGCGCAUGUGCAGACUUAAACCACAUCACCAAGAAUGUGUUUGAUAAGGAGGAAGGGUUUUCUAUUGAAGAAUACAAAUUGCCAGUUGUUUACCUGUCCACAGCUCUACCACUUUCGCCGGAGUCUGAGCAAGCCAACACAUUGCUAACAGAUGGCACACAUUUGAAUUCUUCUCAGGGUAAAAAGAUGAGCACAAUGGAGAUGCCUGAUGUCAUCAAAUUUCCUUUUGAGGCGAAUAAGCAGAUUUCCAGUUCUCUCCAAUUUUCAAAUACGACUGCAAAUUAUGUUGCUUUCAAGGUCAUGACCACAAACCCGAAGAACUACAGUGCUCGACCAAUCCGAGGUGUUAUGGUUCCUCAAUCUACAUUUAGUAUCACAGUGACAAUGCAAGCUCAGAAAGCUCCUCCGAAUGCACCAAGCAAGGACAAGUUUCUCAUUCGAAGUGCAGUUGUUAGUCCCAGUACCACGGAAAAAGACAUCAACUGGGACCUGAUGAUAACCAUGGAAAUGUGGUGA